AUGAACUCUCAACAACAACAACAACAAGCUUCUACUGGUCAUGGUACUGUCGACGUCCCUUGGACUGAAGACUCCAAAUCAUCCUUGCAAGACAAUCAAGGCAUCUCCUCAUCUUCUGCCGCCUCUCAAAGUCAAAAAUCCCAUCAACAGCAUCAAAAUAGUGCACCCGAAAAAGAACAUAUUGGUUUCGGUCAUGCUACUCAGCAUCAGCAUUCUCCAAGAAGCAUCAAGCGAGACUUGAAUGAUAUUUAA